UCAAAUAUAAGCCAAAGUCUUGCCCAGAACCACAUCACGUAACUCGGAGGAAGUGAGAACAGAACACAAGUCUUUCAAUAUCUGUCUUAUAUACACUGGUCUUAUUCUCUCUCGCGUAUCUUUUAAUCCAAUUCCCAAAGUCAAUUAAUUUUCACGGGGAAGGUCGAGGGUUCUGAUUAAUCGCGGAGAAUCAACCAUGUUUAAUCGACUUUUUGGGAAACCUAAACAGGAAACGAAUGCUCUAAGUACGCUUGACAAGUUAAAUGAGACUCUUGAAAUGCUUGAGAAAAAGGAGAAAGUACUCCUGAAAAAGGUUUCUGUAGAGGUUGAAAGGGCCAAGGAAUACUCCAGAACAAAGAACAAAAGAGCUGCUAUAAAAUGUUUGAAGAGGAAGAGGCUAUAUGAACAACAAAUAGAGCAGCUUGGGAAUUUUCAAUUGCGCGUUCAUGAUCAGAUGAUUAUGUUAGAGGGUGCAAAAGCUACAACUGAGACUGCGGAUGCAUUGAGGACAGGAGCAGCUGCAAUGAAGGCAAUGCAGAAAGCUACGAAUAUAGAUGUUGUGGACAAGACUAUGGAUGAGGUCAAUGAGCAGACUGAGAACAUGAAACAGAUCCAGGAAGCAUUGUCAACUUCUAUUGGUGCAGCUGCUGAAUUUGAUGAGGAUGAGUUGGAAGCAGAACUUGAAGAACUGGAAGGUGCAGAGUUGGAAAAACAGCUUCUUGAGUCUCCAACCACAGCCCCAGCAGCCCCAGUGCAAGUUCCUGCUGGCAGGCAACAAGCGCGCCCUCUUCCCCAGAAGCGAAUGGGUGAGGAAGAUGAACUUGCUGCCUUACAAGCAGAAAUGGCACUUUAAGCAGCUACGUAUACUCAUUUGUCAACAUUAUGGGCCAAAGACAAGAUAUUAGGCAUGUUCAUGAAUCCACAGACAUUGUUGUUAAACCAAUCAAUGUCUAUUAAUACGAAGCCCAUGACACGCGACAAAACUCUUACAAUGUUGAUCUCAUGGAACGUUUGUGCGAGUGUGGAAAAUUUCAACUAUCUAGUAUUUUUGUACAUGUCAUUGCAGUUGUGCGAUUCAACAACCUAUCAAACUGCUAUCAAUGGGUGAACAAGUACUACUCUAUUGAAUUUUUAUAGGCGAUGUACAUCGAAGAUGUGAAUUUUGUUGGUGAUUAGUCCACUUUGGUUUAUCUUGACAAUCUAUGUCAAAGUCACCUGCCUUUAAUGCAAUAGCGAUGAGUGGGGCAACCUUCUAGCCACCAGAGAAAACUCUCACAUGGUGAGGAAGUUUAAUAAUUUAUUUGCAGCAGAUGCCAUGAACUUGAUUAUUGUAGAAAUGCAUGCCCGAGUCCAGUGGUUGUUACCGUGGCAUCUUCCUCUUGAGUUUUUAGUCGAGCUAGGGGAAGACCUUCAGCUGAAAUAUAAAUCUCAUGUAUUUAUUGAUGUUGUUUGAUGUAUGUCAUUGAAAUUAUUCGUGAAUUCCAAUUGCUUGCCUUACUAUAA